AUGGAUGCUAAUGCCGCUAUCAGUGUAACCUUUACGUUACUGAAGAUGUUUUUUGAUUGCAUUGCAUAUAAAAGAAACAAGUCUGAAGAUAAAAAUAAAUUGGAUAGUGGGUUACAAAGACAUAUAGCAAAAUCCAAUCUUUCUUUGUUCUUUUGUGUCCUAGGAGGUUUUUCGAUGGGAGGUGGAAUGGCAAUGCAUUUAGCAUAUAGAUUUCAUCAAGAUCUGGCAGGAGUCUUUGCUUUGUCUAGUUUUCUCAAUAAAGACUCUGCUGUUUACCAGGCUUUGAAAAGAAAUGAAAGUGUUCUUCCAGAGUUAUUUCAGUGUCAUGGAACUGCUGAUGAACUAGUUCUCUACUCAUGGGGUGAAGAGACCAACCAGAUGUUAAAGUCACUGGGAGUAUCAACAUCACUUCAUACUUUUCCAAACCUUAAUCAUGAGUUAAGCAGAACUGAAAUAGAAAAACUAAAAACCUGGAUUGUGAAGAAAUUACCUGUUGAAGCAGCAAAGACAAAUGAAUAAAAGAAGGUGCUGCUUUCA